AUGAAGCUUAUCCUCUUCUGGGCUCUCUUGAACCUGCCUGUUGCUCUGGCUUUUGAUCCAGAUUACCUAAAUGGCAUCACUCCCCCAUACCUGGUCUACUUGAAAUCUGAUUACUUGCCCUGUGUUGGAGUUCUGAUACACCCCCUUUGGGUGAUCACAGCUGCACACUGCAACUUACCAAAGCUUCAGGUGAUGUUGGGGAUUACAAAUCCAUCAAACGACAAUGAAAAGAAUAUACAAGUAGUUGGCCAUGUGAAGAUGAUCCAUCAUCCGUACUUCUCAAUCACUUCUAUUGAGCAUGACCUCAUGUUAAUCAAGCUGAGAGAGAGUGUUGAACUCAAUGACUAUGUGCAACUGGUCAACCUGCCUGAAGAACCUGUCCGUGAAGAAACCAUGUGCAUGGUCUCCACGUGGGCCUAUAACCUAUGUGAUGACUGUGAGUGA